AUGCCAUUUAGUCGAACAUUUGCUACAAAGAGUACAAUAAAAAAUGCCUUGUCAUUAGAGGAAUUUCUAUUUAGAAGCCGAGCUAUAUCAAUAUAUCGCGAAUUGUGUCGAGAAAUAUACAAGACUCAUGAACGUCAAGAUUUGAUGAGAUUCCUACGUGACGAAUUUAAAGUCAAUUCCAAACAAUCUGAUUUGCAGUACAGAAAAUAUUUAUUAUCACAAGCAUUGAACACUAUUAAUCAAAUGACUGCUAGUCUAGGAAUAACUAUAAAGAAAAAUCUAUAG